AUGUUCAGGCUAUUGAUACCGUGCCUAUUAUGGCUGUCAACGGUGCACUCGGAAACCGGGAUGCAGAUGAGCAUGCCAAUUGGGCCGCUGAUGGACAAAACCUCGGACGCUUCGAUUCUGAAGGCGAAAAGAGAUUCCAUCCACCAACCUUGCGAACCGUUCUACCCACACGGUCCAGCUUACUCGCAGCCACCGGUCUACGUUAAGCCUCUGAUCCAACCGACCUACUUGAAGAAAGAGCUGGGUAUAGCGCAACCCUUCGCUCAUCUGCAAUACAUCCAACAGCCGCACGUCUAUCCCGUCGUGGCACCGAAGCCGAGCAUCACGUACGUGAAGCCGGUGACACCCGCGAUCAACUAUCACACGGUGCAGCAUCAAUCGUUGCAGUACAUUAAGCCUGCGACGCCUAUCUAUCAGAAUCCCAUGCUGUCCUACGCGCCGAUCUAUCAGAAACCGCUGAACUACGCGCCUAUGUAUCACCAGAGCCCCAUGUACCACGACGCAAAGAUCUUCCUCAAGAAGUACGACGCGCCCGUCGCCCCGAUACUCUACCAGAAGCCGCUGGUCCACGCGUCCCCCCUUCAAUACGCGACGCCGAAAGUGGUACACGUGCAGGAACCGCACGUGUCGUACGUGAAACCUGUGGUUCACGCACCGCCGCCUGUGUACGUUCCGCCACCCCCGGUCCACAAUUCCGUUAUAGUCAAGCCUCAUUGUGAGUAGAUUUCUCGAGAGUCCGCGAUGUCGACACGUCGAGUUCCGCAGAAGAGAAUCUCUAGACGCGUUCAAGUUUAAACGAUCAACUGACUAUUUCAUGUCGGCACGCAAUCUGCAUUUUGUAAACUAAAGAUACAAAAUGCAUACAAAAUGCAAUGGGAAAUUAUAAAUUAUAAGAUUGUUUGUGAAAUUGUAUAAAAAUAAUAAAAUAUGUUUAUGGAGCGAUUAUGUACGGAUCAUCACAAAUUAUCAAGAUAGAAGAAAACGAAUUGUCAGAACUGGCACGGAUUUGAUUUGUAAAAUUGUUUUUCCUUUUAUUCCUUUUUCUUUUUUAAAUUUUACAAUUAGUUUCCCUUGAUGCUUCAAUUUAAAGUCUUUAAUAAUAAGAACAGAACUGAGCGUAAAUUAUAUUUUAUAAUGUAAAAAUAAUUACGUGUCUAAUUAUUUUCAGUUAUAAUAGAUGCAUAAUUUAUAUCCAAAGAUAUAUUAUCAGAAAUUUCAAAGAAGAUCUCAUGAUGCCAGUGCUGAUAACUUUCUUUCUUACAUAACGUUAUAACAAAAGAUCGUAUUAAUUUAAAAUAAUAAGUCCGUUGCGAUAUUAUUUAUAAAGACACUUUUGUAUAUUUCUGCGUUAUCUCUUUCGAUUGCGGACGUGUAAAAACUUCUAAAUAAACUAGCUGUAUA